UGCAUUGCCCCCCCCCCCGACAUGGUGAUUUUUCUUAUAGAUGAUUGCCAAAAUGUGAAGCUUAAAAAUAUUUAGAAAUUUCUAAUACAUUUGCACUGUCUUAAUGUGAAAAUCCAAGUUAAGUAAUGUAAAAUUAAACUUAUUUCAGAUCUUGAAAGACUGUAUAUCUAAAGCAUAAGGUGAAUAUUUAUGCAUUGUGUGGAAUUUUAAAAUUUCCUGAGGGAUGCUUAAAACCCUCCAUCUGAUAAUUUGUAAAGCUUAUUAUUGGCAACAUAGUAUAGAAAGUAGGAAAGGUUGACUUGUGUAGAGGUCUUAAAGUCAAAUGUCUACAGAACCCAGACAGUUUAUAUAAAGACAAAAAUUGGGUGUAAUUAAGUAGGGUCUAUUACGAGCUAUCUAAAGCAGGAGUUGGCAGAUUUUCUGUGAAGGGCCAGACAGUAAAUAUUUUCGGUAUGUGGGCCAUAUGGUCUCUGUCUCAUCUACUAACUCUGGUCCUGUAGUGUGAAUGCAGCCGUAUACAAUUUAUAAAUGAAUAGGUGUGGCUGUGUUUGAGCAAAACUUUAUUUCUAAAAAGAGGUAAUUGCUGGCCCUGGUCCAAAGGAAUUUAGACUCAUAUAUUUUAAAAAAUUGUAUGUGAUCCAACAAAACACAUCUGUUGACUGGAUGUGGCCUAUGUGCUAGUAUUUGUGCCUAGGGGCAAGAUUCUUAAUGGUGACAGUACUGUUCACGGGACAUAGUUGAAACAGGAUUUUUGCUGUCUUAUCGAUGGGCAGACAGAUCCUGUUGGCUUUUAAUUUGGGAGGGGGUAUAGAGAUGCUGACUGUCCUACACAGAAGGGGAUAAUUCUGUGUAAUGAAGAUGUGUUCCACACUAAAUACAGUGUUCUUCCAUUGAGGACCACUGAUCUAGAGAUUCUUCUAGAUAAGGGAUUCCCACACUUUUUCUGUAAAGGUAAAUAAUUUAGCCUUCGGUGAAUCAGUUACUCAACUCUGCCGUUGUAGUGUGAAAGCAGCCAGAGACAUUAUGUAAAUGAAUGAGUGUGGCUGUGUUCCCAUAAAACUUUAUAAAAACAGGUGACAGGCUGGAUUUAGCCUAUGGUCUUUAGUUUGCUGACCCCUUUUAUAGAUAAACAGGUAGUCAUAAUUCUAUAGUCAGAAUAUCUAAAAUGGGAGCAGGAGAGCAGUGGGAUGCAGACCUCAGGUUCUUGUAAAAAGACUAGACUGAAUGGUCUGACUGAGACUAGAAGGACUCUGGAGGUCAUGGUCCCCAGACCUUCUCUUAGUCCAAGACAAGAACCAUUCCCAAAGCCAACUCUACAGACAGGGGUUGGACUGGACGAUGGGAUAGAAAAUGAUACUGGUGAAGACUGAGCUUCUUGGAUCAAGAAGACACAUGAGACCAUCUGGGUAGCUCCUGUCUAGCGAGGAGAUGAGAGGGAAGAGGGGGUCAGAAGUUGGCCAAAUGGACGUGAAAAUAGUGGAGAGAAGGAGUGUGCUGUCUCAUUAGAGGGACAGCAACUAGGAGUAUAUGGCAAGGUGUAUAUAAAUUUUUGUAUGAGAGACUGACUUGAUUUGUAAACUUUCACUUAAAGCACAAUAAAAAUUAACAACAAAAAAGAAUAUCUGAAAUGUUUCUAAGUUCAGCAGUAGUUGUAAGAGAUUGAGUAGAAAGCAGUCACAAUUUUAUGAGAUUUUCCUCUUUAUUUUAAGCUUAUUCUGUUUGUCAUUUCCUUCCUGCUGGCCUUUAAUUAUGUGGCUUAAAUUUUAGUCACAAGAGGGACCACAGUAUUACAUAUAUUGUCUAAUUUUAUUUGGAAAUACAUUGACAAGUAAAAAAAUUGUUUUAAAUCGAUUGAAGAGGCAAUUUGCUUUAUAUUCUAUUUAACAUAUGUACUGGAGAGAGAUGAACUGCCUGCUGCUACUGGUGAAGUCAGAUUGCAGCUGUAACUUUCUGAGGGAUUCAAAAAUUUUUUUUUUUUUUUGGCUUAGUGACUUUAGAUAAAGACCUGGGUCCAUCUCCUUCUACCCUCUAGCUUUAUCUGCACUGCCUUAAGAAAAGGCCUGGCUUUUUUGGCAGUGAUAUCUGAAGGCCUCCUCUUUUUACUUAAUUAUUUGGUGGAAAGAGAAAGCUAGAUUACCUGUUGUUAUUUUAGAAUGAGGUAUGGAAUAAUAGGGGAAUAUAUUUGCAUGCUUUCAGAGUUACGUUAAUUAAAUCUUCUGGGAUUAUGUAAGUUUUCUAAUUUUGUUGUAGCUAGUUAACUUAAAUUGUCAAACAUUCGCACCAUGGAGAAUUUAAGUUGCUUUGUUAAGUCAUUUUACUACUAAGUCAUGUUAUGUUAAGAAAAAUCUCAGUACUUAGGCUGCUUUAUUUCAACUGACUUCUUUGUAUUUUUGAUAAUGAAUCAAUAUGAGCACUGUUUUAAAACUUAUUUUAUGAUUCAGCUGAUUAUAACUAUUCUGGUAUUUAAAUCAUCAUGUAACACUGUUGAUUCUAGAUAGAAAUUGGAUAAAAGGUAGUUUGGAUUGUGUUCCUGUCUGAAUGGAUUUAGUAUUAGAAAUACUAUAGGGGUGUUAGUGUAAGGUGACCUUUCAUACGAGGGGAAUUGAUAGAAUCCUAAGAUGACAUUUUGGUGAUGCUCCAGUGUAUUUAGAUUUUAAUUUGAUGUCAUAAUUUGGACAUUUUAUAAUGUUCAGUUUCUUUUGCUCAUUUUAUUUUACCUUUAUUAAUGGUGUGUUCUACUUUGUAAGUUGAAUUUUACUUUUAGAUGUUUAGUGAAAUGUACAAUAUAAAUUCCUUAGUAUUAUCCAAGCUGAACAAUCUUGAUGGUAUAAAGUACUUUUAAAUAUGAUUUAUUGCUUCUCUACUUAAAAUAAAAAAGUACUUUCUAAGGGACAUCAGUUAUAAUUUCUCUUCUUUACAGCAAUGAUUCUUAGAUUUUUAUAGGCCAUUGGCCACUUCAAUAUGAAACAGUGAAACCUUCCUUAGUUGUUUGCAUAAAAAUAAGUCACCGAUAGGAUGUUUGAUUUUUAUCAGUUAUAUUGAACACAUUUUAAGUUUAUGUUAGUAACAAAAGUGGAAACAUUUGUCUUCUUGUAAAAUCAGUAAUAUUUUCGGACAGUAGUCUGUAGACCCCAGGAAAGACCAUUAUAGCCAAUUAGUUAGUGAUAGCUCAUGUUUGAACCUUGACAAAUCGUGAUUGGUGGGAAUGUUCCUUGGGCAGUUAAUAGAAUAAGGAAAAAAAAAAAGGGCCGGAAAAAGUGGGGCUUUUGGCUUGCUUUUAAUUAGAAUUCUGAAAAAAUGCAGAUAAAGUGUUUUUCAGAGUAUAUUCACAUAUGAUUCUUUUCCCUUCAUUUUGCAUAUGCAAAGAAGGCAUUACUCAGUGAUAAUAAUUGCUGCUAUAAAGCCAAGGAUUUUUAUGUGUGUAAUAUACUGGUGCUUUUUUUUUUUCCCAUCCAUUGUAACUAUGCCCUUUUAGCCAAAUUUCUUCUAGAAAAUUUUAAAUGUUAGGUAGGACUAUAUGUCUGUAUAUCUGGUCUAGAUAUAUCUGUACACAGACAGAUGUACUCUGUUGCAGGAUAUGAGUUGAUACCUUACAAAAUUUUAAUUCAGAAUGUAGUUUAAUUCUGUAUGAGAGAUAGACAAAAUCCUUUACUUUGCUUAUUAAUGUGUUUUUAAAAGCAGUGUCCGCUUGCUUUGUUUUGUUCCCGGUGUAACCUGGUUUUAAGCUAUAUACUUGGAGUGCUGAAAUACUGAAAUGAAUAAUAUCUGCUUAUUUUCACUGAAUUUCUCUUUAUGCUUUAUGCAUUUUUCAUAUUCUUAAAUACUUCUAUCUUGAGAUUACAGACAGAAACAGUUCUGUUAGUUAAAAUUUCUUCAUAGAAAAGUUUAAUUAUAUUAGGAAUUAUGUCUCAAUUUCAAAGGUAAUAUGAGAACUUUAUAUUUGACUUGCCACUUUUAUGGGUGUUUUCCCCCCAUAAAUAUUACAUAGUAAGCUCUGUGGCGAUCAAAAUAACAAGAUAAAGCAACUUAAAAUCCAAAUCUUAGGUUUUUUUCUUGCCUAAUUUCACUGACUGUUCUGCUUGCUAUUUUCUUACCCACAGUCGUAAUUUAUUAAUCUGAUCCUUUAAAAGUAUAAUUAUCUUUAACAGAUUAACAUUUAGCUCUUUUUUUAAAAAAAAUUUCAACCUGUUUUUUGCAUGCUAGGCAUUUAAAAAUAAGUUCUUUCCCCUAACUAAAGCUCCUUAAAACUAUUUUAACAUAACUUUGCUAUCUGUUGUAUGUAUUGUUUUCUUUUCUUCCACUUUGACCACAAAUUCCCUCAGGUCUCCGCUGGUUCAUCCUCCAAGCCACGGAUGCCGCUCGACUCACAACAGCCCAAUUCACACUGCUACUGGCUCACGACUUACUCAGAACUUCUCUGUGUCUGUUCCCACUCUCAUCUAUACUGGAUUCCCUUCAAUGAAGAUCCCAAUCCCAACACUCACUCAUCAGGACCCUCAACCCCUCUGAAAAACCAAACUUAUUCCUUUUCACCUUCCAAGUCCUACAGUCGACAGUCCUCUUCUUCUGACACAGAUUUGAGUUUGACACCCAAAACUGGAAUGGGAAGUGGUAGUGCUGGAAAAGAAGGGGGGCCAUUUAAAGCUCUUUUAAGGCAACAGACUCAGUCAGCAUUGGAACAGAGGGAAUUCCCAUUUUUUACCUUGACGGCAUUUCCUCCUGGAUUUCUUGUGCAUGUUGGGGGUGUUGUUAGUGCACGCUCUGUGAAGCUUUUAGAUCGUAUCCACAAUCCUGAUGAACCAGAAACUCGAGAUGCUUGGUGGGCAGAAAUCAGACAAGAAAUAAAAUCACAUGCGAAAGCAUUAGGCUGUCAUGCUGUAGUGGGCUACAGUGAAUCAACUAGCAUCUGUGAAGAGGUCUGUAUUUUAUCUGCAUCCGGGACGGCAGCUGUACUGAACCCUAGAUUUCUGCAGGAUGGCACCGUGGAGGGCUGUUUGGAACAGAGGCUAGAAGAAAAUUUGCCUGCAGGCUGUGGAUUUUGCCACAUACCAUAUGAUGAACUAAAUAUGCCAUUUCCAGCUCAUCUGACGUAUUGUUACAACUGCAGGAAACAAAAAGUUCCUGAUGUUCUCUUUACCACUAUAGAUCUCCCAAUGGAUGCAACAGUUAUUGGAAAAGGUUGUCUUAUCCAAGCAAGGUUAUGUCGCUUAAAAAAGAAAGCACAGGCAGAAGCAAAUGCCACAGCUAUCAGUAAUCUGUUGCCAUUCAUGGAAUAUGAAGUGCAUACUCAGCUAAUGAAUAAGCUAAAACUCAAAGGAAUGAAUGCUUUGUUUGGACUGAGAAUUCAAAUCUCAGUGGGUGAAAAUAUGUUGAUGGGCUUAGCAUCUGCCACAGGUGUAUAUUUAGCAGCUUUACCAACACCGGGUGGUAUUCAGAUUGCUGGAAAGACUCCUAAUGAUGGCUCGUAUGAACAGCAUAUAUCACAUAUGCAGAAGAAGAUAAAUGACACCAUUGCUAAGAACAAAGAGUUAUAUGAAAUCAAUCCUCCAGAGAUAUCUGAAGAGAUUAUAGGAUCUCCCAUCCCAGAACCUAGACAACGCUCAAGACUUUUAAGAUCUCAAUCAGAAAGCUCUGAUGAAGUUACAGAAUUAGACCUUUCACAUGGUAAAAAAGAUGCUUUUGUUUUAGAGAUUGAUGACACAGAUGCCAUGGAAGAUGUACAUUCUCUACUUACUGAUGUUCCCCCACCUUCAGGCUUUUAUAGUUGCAAUACAGAAAUUAUGCCAGGUAUAAAUAAUUGGACAUCUGAAAUACAGAUGUUCACAUCGGUAAGAGUAAUCAGAUUAAGCAGCCUUAACCUGACUAAUCAAGCUCUUAAUAAGAACUUUAAUGACCUCUGUGAAAAUUUGCUCAAGAGCCUGUAUUUUAAACUACGAUCUAUGAUCCCCUGCUGCCUUUGCCAUGUAAAUUUUACAGUAUCUCUGCCUGAAGAUGAAUUAAUUCAGGUUACAGUCACAGCAGUUGCGAUAACUUUUGACAAAAAUCAGGCCUUACAGACCACAAAAACACAUGUUGAAAAGUCAUUGCAAAGAGCUUCUACAGACAAUGAAGAACUUCUGCAGUUUCCCUUGGAACUCUGUUCAGAUUCACUUCCUCCUCAUCCUUUCCCACCAGCUAAAGAACACCUGGAGAGUGCAAGUUCUAACUCAGGUAUACCAGCUGCACAGAGAGACAGAUGCAGCAGCUGGAUAGAGCUCAUUAAACUGAAAGCUCAGACCAUAAGGCGCGGAUCAAUUAAGACAACUGUGACAGUUGAAAAAGCAAGUCCAAUGGGUGAAGGAAAUUUCCGGAAUCGUUCUACUCCGUCUUGUGCCAAUUCUACAGUUGGGGUCGUUAAGAUGACACCUCUUUCUUUCAUUCCGGGAGCAAAAAUAACUAAAUACCUUGGAAUAAUUAACAUGUUUUUUAUCCGGGAAACUACUUCUCUUCGUGAGGAAGGAGGUGUCAGUGGUUUUCUCCAUGCUUUUAUUGCUGAAGUGUUUGCAAUGGUGAGAGCUCAUGUUGCUGCAUUAGGAGGGAAUGCUGUUGUCUCCUACAUAAUGAAGCAGUGUGUUUUCAUGGAGAACCCAAAUAAAAACCAGGCACAGUGUCUUAUAAAUGUAAGUGGUGACGCAGUGGUUUUUGUGCGUGAAUCUGAAUUAGAAGUGAUAUCAACUCAGCAGCCUGCUGCCAACUGCCAGCCUGCAUGUACUGGAGGAGAAGUAACAACCUGAAGUAAAUUAGAAAAAAAGAGCUCAACUGAGUGAAAAUCAUCUUUCUCCGCUGUUGGGUCGUUAACUGUCUUCCUAGACUUAAAAAAACUUAAAUUAAAUUCGGGAUAAUUAAGAAUUGAUAUAUCACGAGGAGAUAUGAUUUGUCUGGAAUCUCUUGGGUAUAAGAUUUUCUAAUCUUUACUUUUGUUUGCCUAGUCUAGACAGAUAAGCCCUGUAGAAUCUUGACCCUUCAAUAAGGUAAACUUCUCAGAGAAUUUGGUAUAGCAAAAAUGGAAGCUAUUUGUAAUUUAUGUUGAUUUUAAUAAAAUCGUAAUUUAAAAGAUGAAAGGGGAAGAUUAUAAGGAAACCAAGAUAGUUUCCCUAGUGUAAUUUGGAAAAAUUAAGAAAUUCACAAAUCGUUAGUGAAUAAAUAGUCUGAUUUGAGGAAUGUGUGGAGAAAAGUUUUGAGAAAACUACUACAUAGGUUUCUUAAUGUGUUUUAUUUUGAGGAAGAAUUUGGUAGCAAUUGAAAGAGAAAAGUGCUUCAGCCAUCUUUUAAAAAGAACUUAAAAUUCUACAACUUGUAUGUAUAAUAUGCCAUUACUACUGUAAAAGAAAAAUAAUUUUAUCAAAACUGGUGUCCUUUCAUUGUAAGUUUAAUCAUAUCGCUAAGGAGAAAAAAGAGGGGUGCAAAAAAUUACUAUAUAAUUUCAUAACUGGCCAAAUUUCAGUUAGUAUCUAGUUUGUCUAGAAGGCAUCUGGCUUCAACUGGGAUGAAAAUGUCAGUGAAUAUUGUUGAAAUACUUAAAAUAUAAAUGAUUUAGUAGGAAAGUGAAUUUAUUUUCUAAUAAAACACUAUUACACUCCUACCAAAUAAACAGAAUUAUAGUAAUAGCUUAAGAGUUUUUGAUGGUGACUUAACUGUAUUUGACAUAGAAUUUGGAAGUGUAACUUGAAUGUAAAUAUGCUGUAAAAUGUUGAAUGUAUACCUAGAAAUACUUUUUCUGUCAAAUCCAUUGUAAAUGAACCUUAAAAAUCACAUUCCUCCUUUGCACAAUAAAACCCACAAUUUUGCUCUUCCGGAUAACAAACUGCCCAAAAGAUUAGGAAUCAUUUCCUUGUUAUCACAGGUGUCAAUAGUUUUCUGUAUUUUGUUUAUAAUUUUAUUUUUAAAUUAAAUAUUUAUAAAAACAAAUAAUAUUCCUAAAUCUCUUUUUUGCCUCCUAUUAUGUAGUACUGUCAGAUGUCUGCAUGACUUUCCAUCUUAUUAUCUCCAUUCAUUCCUUCAGUCAACAGACGUCUGUUGAGCACCUACUGUAUCCAAGUCCUUGGUCCUAAUUUUGGGGAUGUGUAUGUGUAAUUUUGGUGCUUUCAUUCUCUUUGAGUAGGUACGUAUUCAUUCAACAACUGUUUAUGGAAUGCCUGCUGGAUCCUUGCAGCACUCUUUUAGGCAGUAAA